AUGCGGUUUCUGGCGGGUGCGACGUCCGCGGCGGGCGCGGGGGACGCGGAGGUGGCGCAGAGGUGUCCGCUCGGGUCCAGCGUGCGGCCAUGGCGCCAGUGUACGCACGUCGCGAGAGUGUUCCCGGACUACACGGACCUCCCUGAGGACGACACGAGUGGAAAUAAGAGCGCGGAGCGGUCCAAGGAGCUCCUCCUGAAGUACGUGCGCGACGUCAAGCCGCAAGUGAUCGAGGACUUCGCGGACGAGGCGCCUCCGGAGGUGGUGGACGCCAUGCGGCAAACCAUCUCCAACAUGCUCGGGACGCUGCCGCCGCAGUUCUUCAAGGUCACCGUGUCGACCGUCGGGGACAACCUCGCCCAGCUCAUGUACUCCUUCCUCAUGACGGGCUACAUGUUCCGCAACGCCCAGUUCCGGCUGGAGCUCCAGGAGUCGAUGGCGGCCCUCCCGGACGCCAGCACCGCUGCAGACGACAACGGCAGCGGCGCAGACGGGCGCGGCGACGUGUCCGCGGACGACGCGCCGUUCACGGGGCUGACGGCGAGCCGGAUGAUGGAGGGGGGCUUCGACGGGUACGCGCCGGGGGUGCAGACGGACGGCGUGACGGGCCACGUGCUGCGCUGGCACAUGGAGCGCGGGGCCGAGGCGGUCGAGGCGUCCGAGUACGUCAAGCUGCUCGAGGCCGAGGUGCGCGGGCUCCGGACGGCGAUCGAGCAGACGCAGGCCAAGGGGGAGACCCACAAUCGGGUUUUGGAGUAUCUCAAAUCCAUGGAGCCCUCGAGCCUCGAGCACAUGUCGAGCGGCGUCGGCGAGGCGGUCACGGAGGCGAUGACGACGUUCGUCGAGCGGCUCAUGGGCACGAACGACCCGCUGGAGCUCCAGGGGAUCGACAGCGAGUCGACGGCCGUGGAGCUGGCCCAGCUGCUCUACUGGCUCCUCGUGGUAGGGUACGGGCUGCGGUCGCUGGAGGCGCGGCUCGACAUGGCGGAGGCGCUCGGAGCGGACGGGGUCGGCGCCGCGCGGCUGCAGUUGCCGCCGGGCCUCGGCGGCGAUGGGGAGGGCUUGGUAUGA